AUGAUGAACAUAACUAAUGGCAACACAUCAACUUUCAUCGUUGAUAACUUUGAUGAUAUUUUUUCUCAUCUUUCUACCCAUUAUUUCAGACAAAAGAUUUCUUUGAAAGAAAUUGGGGAGACUUCUACGAGACAAACCAGACCCAAAACAUGUUUUCUGGAAAUAACAUGCCACAACAAAAUGACAUGCAACGAAUUUUGCAGAUAUAGAGGAUACAUAUUAGGAAGUGGAACUUGUGAAUACUAUGUUGGCGUAAAGGACGGGCAUUGUUGUUGCUCUCUUAAUUUUGAGUCUCAAGAGUUUUUCAUAUCUCAUGAUACUUAUUCCUAGUUAAUUAAUACUAGAUGGUUGGCUUGCAUAUGUGCAAGCAUAAAAAUUUUAUUAAAAUUAAACUAGUGAUAAUGUUUAAUUUAUCA